AUGACAGGACCCCCACCUAGACAGAGAUUGCCGUCCAGACUCGACGUGUUCCACAAAGACCUUAAGCUCGACAUCCGAGCCCACCAGCGCACGUAUGAAGGAGCCUACACCAGAAGUGCUAUAGGAUGCUUAUCGUUUUCUAUCGUGAUCAUCAAAUUGUUCUCCAAGGAAUUUCUUCCAGUAGGAGCAGUAUAUACAGUAUAUGGAUGCCUAUUGUACUUCAUUGGGUUCUUCAAAGCCGCCUCUGUGGAUGUGUAUUACAACCCGGAUAAUCACAUGGAAGUCUACAACACUUCAGGAAAUACGGUUGUGCUUUUGACUGUCAUCAGCUUGGCGAGCUAUGUGACGUUGCUCGUGUUGAUCUUGCGAAUGUGA